UUUACUAGCUUGAGGACAUCGAGCGAGCUACGGGUUUGAUCUACUGAAUGAAUGGCUAAUUUAAGUUUGUUCUUGAUCUUCGACGUGUUCUUCUGCCAGGGAGGAGUUGAUCAUGAUCGUCAGGACGACCAGGGGAUUCAGCAGCCGGCCGCCGAGGGCAGCCGCCGUAGGCCUCGACGGAUGCUUAAAGAUGAAGGCGGUGUUCCUCUUCUUCUUCUUCCUCACCCUACUUACAAUAAUAACUGUCACCCUAAAGGCGGUGCCGUCUUCGGCACCGGCGGCAAUGCAACCUCCUCUCCAUCAACACUCCUCCCUCCACAGCAAAGGAUACACCAUUUUGAUGAACACGUGGAAACGAAACGAUCUUCUCGUGCAAUCGAUCUCCCACUAUUCCUCGUGCCGCGGCCUUGCUUCCAUACACGUCGUCUGGAGCGAGCCCGACCCUCCGCCCCCUUCGCUCACUCACCGCCUCAAAAGAGCCGUCCGUUCGCGCUCGCCGCCAGCCAACGGCAAGCGGGUCGAACUCAAAUUCGACAUCAACGCCGAAAACAGCUUGAACAACAGGUUCAAGGAGGUCAACGGCUUGCAAACCGACGGUGUGUUUUCAGUUGACGACGACGUGAUCAUUCCUUGUUCGUCUGUGGCUCUUGCCUUCGACGCCUGGCGCAGUGCGCCCGAUGCCAUGGUAGGAUUCGUUCCCCGCGUUCAUCACUCGGAUGAUGGUGGGGGCAUUAAUGGGGAGAGGUACAAGUAUGGUGGGUGGUGGUCAGUGUGGUGGAUGGGAAGAUAUAGUAUGGUUCUUUCAAAAGCUGCUUUUUUUCACAACAAGUAUCUUAGCUUGUACACUCAUCAAAUGCCACCCUCUAUAAGAAACUAUGUGACUAAAAACAGGAAUUGUGAAGAUAUCGCCAUGUCAUUCCUUGUGGCUAAUGAAACAAAUGCUCCUCCUAUACGGGUAAAAUAUCUGAAAUUGGGUCAAGUGGAAUUAGUAGCUUGGGGGGUCACACUGAAAAAAGGACUCAAUGUAUGAAUAUGUUGGUUGAUGAGUACGGGAAAAUGCCGUUGGUCACCACCUCCGUCAAGGCCGUCGACAGCCGCCGCAUCUGGUUUUGGUGAUGAUCCAAAACCGCCACGAAUAUCUUAGUUUGAUCGACUUAAAUAUUUUUACCUUUUUUAUUGACUCGAAUACAAUCCUUUAUAUAUAAAAAGGAGACUCCAUUCUUUAAGAACUUGACAUUUGACAUAUUAAAAACUCGACAUGUGG